UGGUCCACGAAUUUACGCUUGAAGCGUGUGACACUCGCACUUAUUGCUGAGUUCGGGCCGCGCGAGUGUAAGAUUUUAUCGCAUCUUAUAACAAAAAAACCCUUGAGCGAGUACUUAACAAGUAUCGAGUACCAGUUUAUCAAGUAGCGAGUACCCGAAAUCGACCGCCAAGUGCCGAGUAUCGAGUUCCGCGCAUUGCGCGUGGGCCAUCCGGCAUGGUGUUCAUUUCGCUGCUGGAGCCCACACCCGACGACGCCAAGCGAUGCUGCAACCUCACACGAUUGCUCCCUCUCAACUACCCUUCACAGCUAGUGGGCGUCACUAGGGGCGGGCUGGCAGCGGUUACCAGUGCUGUGAAGGCAUGGGAAGGGGGGGUCGAGGGGGAGAAGGAGGGGACGCAAGAGCAGCCGACAGGCGAAAGCAGCGGCAGCGACGGCAAUGGCAGCAUCAGGAGCGAGAAUUUGGGGAGCAGCAAUGGCAGUAAUAGUAACAGCAGCAUUGGUGUCAAUAAUCACAAGAGCAUCAUUAGCAGCAGCAGCAGUGGCGCCAACGGCAGCACCGGAAGCAGAGGCAGGGGUGCAGUGGCAGGGAGGCGGAGGAGGGAGUGGUGGCGGGUGGACGGAGGAGCGUUCAGGUGCCAGCACACGUGCGAGAAGGUGGGCCGGGGGAACAAGGCCUUCCACGAGUGCCAGCGCCUCUUGGGGACAUGGAGUCACUUCAAUGUGGGGUGGACGUGGGCCCUCUCCGUCCCUCCACCAUCAACCCAUCCCUCCAAAAACAGCAGCAGCACCCCCACCAGUGCCAUUCCCGGGAGCACGGGCCACAGCAGGUCAAGUGUAGCUGCCUCGUCUGCUCUCCCUCCUCCCCGCUCCCUUCGCCUCGCAUCUGUCGGGGAUGCCGUUUGUGUCGCAGCUCGCUCGCUCUUCCUCACUCCCCCAUGGACCAUGAACCCGCUCCGCGUCAUCUUCACUGACACCUUCCCUCCUCUCUCCCCUCCUCCUCUCACACCGUCUGGCUCUACAUCCGCCCUCUCUCCAUCCACCACCACCACCAUCGCGGGCUCCUCCUCCGCUCCUCCUGCAGGACCCAACCCUGCCUCCACCAUGCCCCCCGCGCCAUCCGUCGCACUCACUGCAGCAUACACUGUGGGCAGCGGCACGGUCCAAGGCCACUUCCUGGAGGGUGAGGAGCGGUUUCUAGUGGGAAUAGACUCCAACAAGGACGUGUGGUUUGAGGUUCUCUCCAUAUCGCGCCCUGCUAAUCCACUCGCCCUCGCCUUUUCUCCUCUUGCUCAGUUCUUGCAGCAUAGAUUCGCCCAAGAUGCUCUAGGCUUGAUAAGAGGGCAUUUGCAAGAUGAAAGUUCUAGUUGAGUGUAGUGAAGAUAAUAACCUUGAAAUAGGUUUAACGGAAGAUCAUGUUUAUUUCGAGCAUUCUACAUCGUAUUGUUGAAAGGUG